AUGUCCUUCGAACACGUCGACGUCCAGCUCUCCAGCCACGAAACCAAGUUCCCCCGACCCGUUUCAUUGCUGAUGAUUCGUUGUACGCAGCGGGAUCUUAUGAAUGCCAAGCACCCAUUCGGGAAGGUGCCCAUCUUGGAGGACAUUGACGCUGAUGGAAAUAUCACAAAAUUUGCGAUGUGGCAUGACACAGAAUGCAAAGCUAUUUCCCGCUGGCUGGCGGUGAAGUACGCCAGUGAGGGCACUGCUCUUCUGCCCAACUUUGAGGAUUACAAAGCCAUCGCCCAAUUUGAGGAGGCUGCAUGUCCUGACUCAUCGUAUCUUGCCGCGUCAUCUAUCACGUAUCUCAAGCAGAAAGUCGUACAACCGUACGUAGCUCAAUCGGUCUUGUUGCAGUUGCAAAAGGAGGACUUUGACUUACGUGUC